ACUUCAAUUUGAAGAGUUUUAUUUGCUACUAUUGGUGAUGCUCCAACAUAACCACAGAGCAGGAGAGCAUCAGAGUUUUACGAUCAUUCCAAGUUGACGAAAUGGAUUGGGGUUUUGUACAUAAAGCUUGGGACAAGUGGGCUUCUCCCAAUAUCGGCUCUGAUAAGCCAUUAAAAGCAGCUAUAUUGAUCAACUAUGACCCAACUGGUCCGUCUCGCUUGUUGUCUACUAUCGCAGAAGAAGAAGGGAUAAAAGUGAAUCCCAUCGAAUUGAGUCAAUUCAUUGAUUUCAUCAAAUGUGACAAGCUCCAGACUGAGAGCUUCAUUAUUGGACCAAACCAAUAUAUAGUGACAUCAAUUCAUGAGAAUUGGUUCUGUGCAAGGUGCAUGAACACAUCAAAAUCUACUGGUGAAGGCGCUAUCGUUAUGCAUACAGCAGCAUUUCUCUUGGUUGCAUUGUACGAUGGUUCUAUUGGCUCAGCAUCUCGUGCUAUGGUGGCUGUUGAUCAGUUUGCGUGGCAAUUAACUCGAAAGAAUCUGUAACUUUGUCAAAAAGAUAGUGCUGUUCAUGCAUCUGUGGUUUCAAACAGCUGAUGGUGCAAUGAAGCUCAAAUAUUUUGUGACCGUAAAUACUCCGUGUACCUUUCUUAUACAUGCUCAGACUGCCAUGCUCAACCCCAGUAACGAUGCAACACAGGUUAGAAAUAAUACCAGCAUCAAUUGAUUCAACAACCCCUUGGACAUUCCCUCCCGAAAAAAGAGUCUUAGGACAUGAUGGCUUUCCC